AUGAAUCCAUUGUAUGCGGACGUCAAACAUUUUCCGAUACCAAUUCAAUUAUGUUUUCAUCCAAAUGAAAAAUUUGCGUAUCAAUCAAUGAAAAUCUCGGCUACUUCUCGCUGUAAAUCCGCGCUCAAUCGAAGCGAUGAGUUUGGUUGUAAUGUUCUCAUGUAUUCACUUCGAUGUCGACGUUACAAACUAUUUGAUUUGUUAUUAAAUGACAUUGCAAUGGAUAUCGAUCUUCGGGCAAAAGAUCGACAUGGAAACACAAUUGUUCAUUAUGUCAUUGUAUACAGCGAAAGAGAAAAUACAGAAUUACUCGAGAAAUUAAUCGAAAAAAUGAAUCAAUUUCGAAUUGAUGUCGAUCAAAGAAAUACUUUUGGAUUUACACCAUUACUGUUGGCGAUAUAUUCUGGUCGAUACGAUCUUGGUUUAAUUCUUUUAACUAAAUCUAAUGCUUCGCCAUUCGUUCGAGAUUAUAUUCAAUUGAGAAGUAUCGGUGAUUAUAUCGAAAACGAUGUAAAACAAAGUAAAUGUAUUUCGAAGCUUGACAAAAUUCGACCGUAUUCCAAUCCAGUAACUCGUGAAUCAAUUCGUUUUCGUCUUCGACUUUACCAAACAUUCCCAUCGCGUCCGGAAACUUCAUGUUCGGGUUUAAACGAAAACUUCUUCGAAAACAUUUUCCCACAAGCUGUGCAUGAUCAUUCAGGAUCGAUGCGUUCCUCGAUUUUAUUCAUGUUUCAUACAAACAAUUCAAUGUCGAAUCUAUCACAUCUCGUUCAUCAUUUAAAUCAACGUUUUCCCGUACUUAACAUCACACGACGACAAAUCAAAGUCAAAAUUGAACAGUCUGGUGAUCAAUUUGAAAAUUCCAAAACCAAUCUUCAUUUGAUUCUAAGCUUCUUUGAUCCAAAUCCCAGACCGAAAGCAAUUCCACCAAAGCCGAUAACUGCACAUGAAAAAGGAUUAGGUCCAUUCAAACGUGCAGGAACAAAGUUGAAAAUAUGUCAUUCUCUAUCUCGAUCUCAUGAAAAUUCCAAAAUUCACUAUCUCACUUCCAGUCUCGAUCAGAAAUUUUUAGUCAUGCAUUCCAUAAACUCCUCACAUCGUGCAUCCGGAGAUAUUCCGUCGUCGAUGUCAUUGAGAGAAACUCAUAUUUAUGAUAUCAACAGUCUGUCGGACAAGGACAAGUUCAAGUUACUGUCAGCCAAAGCUCUUGAUUACAUUGAUCAGCAUUGUGCCGUAUCGAUUCGUCUUGAUGGAAUUUAUAUUCCAGCUGAAUUAAGGCAAUUGCUUGACCAUAAAAGACCUCUUCAUUUAAAUGUAACAACUCAAGAUGCAUUUUCAUUUGAGACAUUUAAACGAUGUGUAACAACAUUUUUAUCAAGAGAACGUGAAUGUGAUGAAAAUAAUCUUGGGCAAGGAAAUUGGAGUAUCAUCGAGCAAGGAUACCAAACAACAGUUAUUACGGGAUAUGUUUUCGAUGGAAUUAAAGGAUACAAUGUACCGAAUUAUGUCUUUGAGAAUUUGGCUUAUUUUAUUCGAUGUCUUCGUCAUCAAUAUCGAUGUAUGGUCACACUUUCAUGUGAAUCACCGGUGGUGAAAUUAUCGUCGAAAUUAACCGUUUCCAUAACACAUGAAUCACCAAUAAUUCGUCAUCUUGCUGCAACUUACAUGCAAAAAUCGAUGGUGUCAGCUGUGACUCAAUGCGAAAUGUAUCAUGUAAACCUUAUUUUACAUCAAAAUUUAGAUAUGUCACCAACUAUUGGAACACCUCCUCGACUAGUUCAGCCACCUGCAUUGAAUGAUGCGCGUCUUCUUUUACCAACACUAACACAAAAUAUCAAUAAUAAAUGGGACACAAUGUCCUUGUCUGAUGCUGCACCGAUCUGUGAUGAUCCAUUAAAUCUCAAUGAUAUCCUUCAAUCAGUUGCACCAGCAUCAUUUGGACAAAGUUCAAUACAAUCAACACCAUCAGUAAGUCAUGCAGCCAUGACUCGUCAAUAUCCUUCCACAUCUAUUACACACAACCUUACAAAUACAUUUGAUCAAAUGAGACUUGAUGAUUGUCGAUUAAAUCAACGCUAUUUAUCAAAUAGUACUGAAGCCGUGAGCCCGACAGGGACAACUACGGGUAUCGAUGAUUACCCACACGAAGCUCGUCAACGUCGUGCACCCGUUGAUCAUGCAUCACAAUUGGGAGCGAUAUCCGAUGUUACAGACGAAGAAGAAAGCGCGGCUUGGCGUGUCGAUCAACGUCCAUUUCAUACGCAAAUUCGUACACUUCAACAUCGUUUUUAUUCGUAUGGCAUCCGUGUCGGCGAAGAAUAUUCUCGAAUAACCUCGAUUUUAAAUAUUCCUCCCUUAAUUUCCAUAACGGAAACAGCUCGAGAACGGAAAAUUGGAACGAAAAAACAAUGGUACUUCUCACUUUUACUCGAUGGUCAUUUAAUGUUAGCCUACGUUUGGGAUUCCAAGAAAAACGAUGCCAAACGACGUGCUUACGACACCAUGGUACAUCUGCUCAAUACUACACACGAAUUUGCGAUCAAACCAGUGAAAAAUAACAAAUGGAAAGUUGUUAAAGCAACCCGACAACGUUGA